AAACGAAGGGGUCCUUCCGGGUCCUUCCUGCCCUGAGCCGCUCCGCCAGCCCCUUGACGUCAACGACCACCGGAGGGAGGAAAGAAAAAGAAAAAAAAAACUACUAAACUAACCCCGAAAUCCUCCCCGAACCGACCGGGUUCCGGCAGCCAUGAUGGGCGGAAGGACCAGCGCGCUCGCCGCGGGGCUGUGCGGCGCUCUGCUCGUCGGCUACUGCAUCUAUUUCGACAAGAAGAGACGGAGUGACCCCGACUUCAAGAACAGGCUGCGAGAACGGCGGAGAAAGCAGAAGGCAGCCAAUGAGAGGUCAGGCAUGGCCAAGCUCCCCGACCUGAAGGACGCUGAGGCGGUGCAGAAGUUCUUCCUGGAGGAGAUCCAGCUGGGGGAGGAGCUUCUGGCUCAGGGAGACUACGAGAAAGGCGUGGACCACCUGACCAACGCCAUCGCCGUGUGUGGUAAGCCUCAGCAGCAGACUCUGCCUCCACCCGUCUUCCAGAUGCUCCUCACCAAACUGCCCAGCAUCAGGCAGAAAGAACACGAGAAAAAAUGUUGCCUUGUGAGGUGA